UUUUGAAUGCGGGCCGUGGGUCGGUCGCUUUCGUUCGUUGCAGUGUAAAUAAAGAAAAUUAAAGUCCUCGUGUGACUUGUGAACUUGUUGUGUGAUUCAUUAGUUCAACAUAGUGCUAUCACGAUGGGAUGUGGAACGAGUUUUGUGAAAUAUGUGCUAUUUUUCUUCAAUCUGGUCGUUGCGUUAUUGGGCCUCGCAGUGGUGGGGAUUGGUGUCGCAUUCCUCGUCAACUGGAGGACAGUGAAGGAUGAGCUACAGGCACACCUGACCGUCGCACCAUGGGUGUUCAUCAUCAUCGGUGCCAUCAUGUUCGUGAUCGCUUUCUUCGGCUGCUGCGGAGCGAUUCGGGAGAGUCACUGCAUGGUUGUCACCUAUGCCAUCUUCUUAUUGGUGAUAAUCAUAAUGCAAGUGAUCCUGGCCGUGCUGUUGUUCGUAUAUGGGGACACCAUCAAGACCGGCUUGGAGAAGGGUGUAGAUGGACUGUGGAACAAGCGCGCCAGUGACGGAACCGCAAGCGAGGUCUUCAACAACAUUCAGGCUCAGUUGCAAUGCUGCGGUAACAACGGCCCCGGAGACUACUACAGCGCAGUGUUGGACAAGAGCUGUUGCAACUACGACGCGUUCGGGUCACAGGUGGUCGGUUGUACCGUCGCCACCGCCAACCCUGGCUGCAGGAAACGGAUCGGAGAGCUUUACGAGAACUGGAACAAACCAAUUGCCGGCGUUGCUAUCGGCGUCGCCUGUAUUGAGGUGGUCGGAGCCCUAUUUGCGCUGUGCCUGGCCAAUUCCAUAAGAAACAUGGACAGAAGGUCACACUACUAAUAUUUUGUACAUUAAAACUGAUAUGUAUAAGCUGUGCCGCCAGGAUAACAUUCGAACGAGAUGAACGUGUUAUUAUUCGUCAUAAAUUUAUGUAUAAUUAAAAUAUAAAAUAAUCGACUAUUACGUGUUCAAAUUUGAAAUGAUGACCAUCAUUCACCCACCAAACGUUAUUUACAAGCACAUUAUCGAACGAUACAGAU